CCAAGACGACGUGCUGCGGUGUUUCCUCGACGAACACGACAUUGCCCGUCCGCAACUCGCCCAAGGUGUAUGGGCGCUCUCGGCGCUUUCCUACGUCACGAGUUUGUGCUCGUGCAGAAUGACGAAGCCACGCGCUUCUUCGCGCCGUCGCUCGCCGAGAAGCUGCGCUGGCUCCAAGUCCUUCGCAGCAGCGUCCAGCGGCUCGCCCAAGGCGGCACCGGCAUGAAUCUCUCACACAACCGCGUUGUGCCCAAGGCCAAGACAGCCCGCCCAGGACGUAUGUCGGCCAAGCAGGUGGUCGAGCCGGCGCUGCCCGACGUCGCCUACAUCGUCAGCGCGUUUCCGCCACUCGAGUCGUAG